GCCCCGCAGCCCGGGGGGAAAGGCUGCGUGAGUAGGGCGAGAGAGAGCCAGGAGGGAACCGGAAAGGGGGGGGACCUCGCUGGGUCUUCCCGACCAUGGUGCUCGCCCUGGGGGAGGGCUCCUUAGCUGCACCCCGGGGCUGCCGCCGGCCGGCGCCAGGGCGCUGAUCCCCGACUGGUCUGGGGGGCAGGAAGACAGCUGCCCCCCGCGCCCCGCUCUCUGUCUCUUGAUGUUUGAUCCCUCCGCGGCGGCCACAGGCAUGAGCGAUGGCGGGGCCCAGGCCGGCAGAAACCCCCUGCUGCUGGGGGAGCCGGGCGCGCCAGAGCGAGCCCGGGGGAAGAGCGGCGCCCGGGGGGAGCUGGAGACGGCGCUGCGGGGAGGCGGCGGCGGACUCGGACUCAAGGACGUCCCGGGGACCUCGGCGGCCAGCCCCGGCUCGUCCCAGGAGUGCGUCCCGGAGAGCGACAGCCCGUCCGGGGGAGGAGAAGCGGAUUACUGCCGCCGGAUCCUGGUGCGAGAUGCCAAAGGGACCAUCCGGGAGAUUGUUCUCCCCAAAGGGCUGGAUCUGGACCGGCCCAAGAGGACCCGAACCUCUUUCACAGCCGAGCAGCUGUACAGGCUGGAGCUGGAAUUUCAGCGGUGUCAGUAUGUCGUCGGCAGGGAGAGGACGGAGCUAGCGAGGCAGCUCAACCUAUCAGAGACACAGGUGAAAGUCUGGUUCCAGAACCGGCGCACCAAGCAGAAGAAGGACCAGAGCAGGGACUCUGAGAAACGCUCGUCCUCCACCUCCGAAUCCUUCGCCACGUGUAACAUCCUCCGGCUCCUGGAACAAGGGAGACUUUUGUCCGUGCCGGCCCCUUCCAACUUGCUCUCUCCAAAUUCGAAUCCCAUCGGGAGCCCCGCCGGGAACGGAUCCAGCCUGGCUCCCUCUGGCACCACCUCGCCUGGGCUGAGCAGUGGAAACAGCCCUCCUGGGACAGGAGCCUUCAGCCUGCAGGUCCCGUCGCUAGCAUCCUCCUCUUCCUCACCCAGGCUCCCUGCCACCCCGCUCUGUUUCAGCGGCCCGCUCCUGGGAAGCCUGCACGAGCUACCUAGCGGCUACGGACUGGGGAGCUCUGCCUUUGAGCCUUACACACGGCUGGAGAGGAAAGACAGUCCCAUACCCAGCAAGAAGCCGAGUCUUUAACUAAAAACCAGUGUCAAAAUCAUCCCCACCCCCUGCCCCCACCCCGUCUCCCGCAUGGGGCUGUUCUGUGGCCAGUGGAAUUGCAAAGCCCGUUGAACAAGUGUCCAGGUGACGUGCGUGUGACUGUGUCUUCCUGUCACGGAAAUAAAAAUACAGCUGCAGGCAA